ACAACAAGUUUAACAGCCUGUUACCACCUCCUGUCAAAAAAAAUGAACACGUAAACGACAAGUUUUUUCGUGGAUGUCUGCUGUGUUGUCACAUAUUUUGGAUCAGUUUUAAUGUUUUAAACUGUGAUUAUCUACCAGAUUUCUUGUGAUAGCGCAAAUAUGCAUUCCGUUUUCGGGCGUGGAAACGCCAUGGCGGCGUAUGCUUUAAGUGUACUAGCCGGUCUGACAUUUUGCUGUUUUUUGUCAACUGUAUUCCUCGAUUACAGAACACCAGCAACUAUAAAUACGAGACAAGUUGUAGUGAAAAGCAUUCCAGAUUAUAGUGCCUCACGGGAGAAGAAUGACCUCGGUUUCGUCACAUUCGACCUCAAGACUGAUCUUACUCAUCUUUUCAAUUGGAAUGUGAAGCAGCUAUUCCUCUACAUUACAGCAGAGUACCAAACCCCUAGUAAUGAAUUUAACCAGGUUGUGCUGUGGGAUAAGAUUGUCCUUCGAGGUGAAAAUGCUGUGAUUGAUCUCAAGAAUAUCCAUGCCAAAUACUACUUUUGGGAUGAUGGCAAUGGUCUCAGGGGCCACAAAAAUGUCACUUUAACUCUCUCAUGGAACAUCAUUCCAAAUGCUGGCCUCCUCCCAAAUGUUGGUGCUAUUGGUUCUCACUCAUUUGCCUUCCCGGCGGAAUAUACCACUGCUCGAGUUUAGUGAAAUUUUAGUGUUAAUAUUGUGUAAGUGUGUGUGUAUAGGAGAGACUAUGUGCGCGCUGUGAACUCACGUUUUGUGUGAUCCGUCAUCUGAAAGAAAUCAAUCUCUUUUUUUUUGUGUGUGUGUGGGUGCAAACUAGUUUGUUUCAAUAUGGGAUGUAUUGCUGUGUGACCUGAAAAUUACUGUUUGUUAACAACUUAUGUCGAUUCUUGCUCACUAGCAUCAAUUAUAAGUAUGGUAUUCUAAUUAUGCAUUGUCUGUGAAGACAGUGGCUGGAUGUUGUUGCCAUUCAUUUGUUUUGGUUUUCUUUUGAAUUUGUCAAGUCUUAAAAGAAAAAAAGGAAAAAAAUUAUUAA